AUGUCAGAGCUGCCAGUGGCGAUUGAACAGACCGGUUUUCUUCAUUCCGUUGUCUGCUAUCGCUUUCUUAUUCUCUCUCUCUCUCUCUGUCUCUCUCUCUCUCACAAGCUCUCAAGCUCUCUGUCUCUCAAGCUCUCUGUCUCUCUCUCUCUGUCUCUCAAGCUCUCUCUCUCUCUCUCAAGCUCUCUCUCACAAAAGCUCUCUCUAAAGCUCUCUCUCUCUCUGUCUCUCUCUCUCAAGCUCUUUCUGUCUCUGUCUCUCUCUCUCAAGCUCAAAAAGCUCUCUCUCUGUAAAGCUCUCUCUCUGAAAGCUCUCUUACAAAAGCUCUCUCUCUCUGAAAGCUCUCUCUCUUCUGAAAGCUCUAAAAACCUCUCUCUCUCUCACAAAAGCUCUCACUCUUCGCUCUCCUCACUCUCUCUCUCUGGCUUGUGGCUCGUGCCGGGGGUCUCACUCUCCUGUUGCAGCUCGGUGCCUGAAUCACACCCGAGAGAGGGAUAUACAGACACAUCCCCCCCCCGGCGGCGCCUUCAGGCCGGUCUGCCUCUCAUCUCUGCAGAGGCUCAUCUUGUAUACCAGUGCAAAGUAGCUGCGCGCACCGAGUAUAUUCUCAGCACUUGCGGUGCCGUUGGUCGCCGUGGUCCUACCUAUGCUCAAUGCGCGGCCAUCAAUGCCGAUGAGCCCUGGUUUGACGGCGUUGAGGGUUUUGGCAUUCAGCGUUUCAAGGUGCCCGUGUCAGGGACCUAUCGAUUUGAUCUCUAUGGUGCGCGUGGUGGCGAUGGCAACCAGGGCUCAUCACGCUUAGACGGUGGACGCGGCGCCCACACCUGGGGCUACGUCAGUCUUGAACAGUCGCUCAUUUCGUAUCAUCUUUGCUCGGGCUUUUCCCCUGCCAGCAUGUAUGGCGGUGGUGGUGGCGGUGGCACCUUUGUUUGGCGAGCCAACGAUCCCAACGGCGACCCCCUCUUCAUUGCCGGUGGUGGUGGCGGUGCCGCCUUUGCAUCGCGUCCAGGUGUGCCUGGUCGGGCUAAUACCGCCGGUAGCGACGGCUACGGCCAGUCUGGCUACUUUUACGCGGGUGGCUCUGGAGGCUAUGGAGGUUCCAUGUCCCAUGGUAGUCGCAACAACGGCGGUGCCGGCGCUGGUUGGCUGGGCAGUGGCUCUUGUGUCAGCCCGACCGAAGACAUGUGUGGCUACGGUCCCGCGGACGGUUUUCUGGGUGGCCAGCGUCCUUACACGGGUUAUUAUGAAGGCGGUUUCGGCGGUGGUGCUUCCGCCCGUUACUCCGGUGGUGGUGGAGGAGGCUAUUCCGGUGGUGGUGGUAGUCGGUACCACAGCAGCUAUCAUGCCACUGGCGGCGCUGGAGGCAGCUACUAUCCUCCCAGUUCGACCGGCGCCGGCUGGGAGCAAGGCGGCAAUUUUGAAGAGCAGGGACGCGUGGUCGUGACCCUCAUGGACGACCAGAUUUUCUAUGCCGACGCGUGUGGCGCUGUCGGUGCGACUGGCCCCGACCAACCAGCGUGCGAAGCCCGCUACGCUGGUUUCAACACAUCGUCCUGGCUCACUGCUGUGGCAAGCGGCAUCCAGACCAUCACCGUUCCUGAAACUGGCUUUUACCGCAUCACUGCUGCCGGUGCCCGGGGUGGUCUCGGUCGCGAAGGCAAGCUCACUGAGGACUUUAUGUAUGAAGCCGGCCAUGGUGCCAUUGUGCAGGGCACCUUCAAGUUUGAGGCUGGGCAAGAGAUUCAAGUUGUAGUUGGUCAAAAGGGCAGUGGCGGUGAUAGCGCCGCGCGCUCGAGCUCCGCGGGUGGCUCUGGUGGUGGUGGCAGCUACGUCUACAUCACCGGUGAAACUGAACCACUCCUGGUUGCCGGUGGCGGUGGUGGUGGCUCAUACUACAGCACCGGUCAACAGUACUGGGGUCGUGACGGCGAAUCGGGUGAUUGCGGCGCUGAUGCUGGCAACAACAAUGGUGGUGCCGGUGGUUGCGCGGGUCUGGGUGGCUGGUCAGGCCGCUCGGAUAGCACCAACCACGGCUUUGGAGGUUCAGGCUGGCAUGGAAACGGUAUCCCUAAUUCCAACAGCUACUUGAAUUAUGUCGGCCAAAGCCGCACUGCCACCACCAAGUUUGGUGGGGGUCGUCACAGUGCCUCCUAUUAUGAUGGUGGCUUUGGCGGCGGUGGUGCCGCAGGUCUCGAGGGUGCCGGUGGCGGUGGCUACUCGGGUGGUGGUGGUGGCUACUACCAAAGCGGUGGUGGCGGCGGCGGCGGUUCAUGGACGAGCGGCUAUGCGCCCGUCGCCCUGCGAGGUGGCAACCCGCAUGCCGAUGGAUACGUCAUCUUUGACCGUGUGGACGAGCCCAACGAUUAUGUUGAACAAAUGAUCAUGACGCCCUGCGGAAAUCGCGGGUCAUCGGGGCCGACCGAUGCCCUCUGUGCGCCCCGCUAUUCAGGGCGCACUGACCCCUACAAUCUCUACUCAACUACCCGGAACGGCUAUCAGGUCCUGAAGGUAUCCGAGGCGGGCUAUUAUCGCUUGACCGCCUACGGUGCGGCCGGAGGUUCUGCCCACAACUCUUUUAGCUGGGCCGUUCGUGGUGGACGUGGAGCUGCCGCGUCUGGUGUUUUCUACUUUGACCAAGAUGAAGAAAUCCAGGUCGCUGUUGGACAGAGCGGCAACUUCGAAGCUGCUCCCCCCGUCGCCACCUCUGCAGGUGGCGGCGGUGGCGGCGGCACCUUUGUGUGGCUGACAGCCGAGUGCAGUACCAAUCCUGAUUGCCUUCCACUUCUGGCUGCCGGCGGUGGCGGUGGCGCCUCAUACAACGACUACUAUGUUGGUACGGACGGCUCUGCCGGCUCCAGUGGCACCAAGGGCUAUCUGGUCUCUGGUGUGGGUGGCACGGACGGCAUGGGUGGUGAGGCCCCCACCUAUAGCCAUAACAACAAUGGUGGUGGCGGUGCAGGCUGGUUUGGUGACGGUGUGUGCUACAGCCAGGCGUAUUGUGGCUCCUCGCGUGCCAACGGCUUUCUGGGCGGCGUUCGCACAGAUUCAUACCGCAACGGUGGCUUUCCCGGUGGUGCUGCUACGGUUCUGGAGGGCGGUGGUGGCAGCGGCUUCAGUGGCGGUGGUGGUGGUUAUCAUGGCCAUGGUGGUGGUGGCGGUGGCGGCUCCUACGCUUCGGGGCUGCAGUCGUACACUUCGAGCGGUGCCAAUUGGGCUGAUGAUGGUCGCCUCAUCAUUGAGAAGCUGCCCCCGUCCAUGGUCCACAAUCGCAGCCGCAUCGUCCUCACACCGUGUCAUAAUAGCGGUCGUAACGGCCCGACCGAGAAUCAAUGUCGCCAGGCGUAUGAAGAUACUGAAGCUGGAUCCACCUUGCGCUCGGUUAUCUCGGGCAUUCAGGAAAUCACCAUCCCAACCAGCGGCCUUUACAUGAUUGUUGCCGACGGUGCGCACGGCGGCCAUGCCUUGCUACCCUCCCAGUCCACGACAUACUCUGAUGGUGGUAUCGGUGCACGCAAGUUUGGUAUUUUUCAACUCGAAGCUGGCACGCGCCUGAAAGUAGCCGUUGGCCAACCUGGCAACUCCCGCCUGCUCACUGGCGGCAGCAAUUGGGGCGGUGGCGGCGGCGGCGGCUCCUUUGUAUGGGUUUCUGGUGGCGGCGGCGGCGGCACAUACCAAACCACCUCAGUAACCUCUUAUGGCGCCCCGGGCCAGGACUCGAUUGAUGGUACCGACGCUCGUCCUUCAUACCCUGGCUACGGUGGUAUUAAUGGCACUGGAGGUAUCAUGAAUGAGAACAAUGCUAACAAGGGUGGUGCGGGUGCGGGCUGGCUCACCAAUGGUGACUGUGGCAUCUACUACCCUGACCUUUGCGGACUGGCUCUGCGAAACGGUGGUCAAGGUGGCCAGGUUCAUUAUGACGGAUAUUUUGAGGGUGGUUUCCCUGGCGGUGGUGCCUCAAUUUACCAAGGUGGUGGUGGAUCAGGCUUUUCCGGGGGUGCCGGCGGAUCUCACAGCAGUGGCAGCCGUGGCGGUGGCGGUGGUGGCAGCUAUGCCCAUGCCUCUGCUAUUGUGUCAGGCGACCGCUACGAGGGCGAGGUUGUUGUAGAGGAGCUUGCAAGCUCCAAUGCAGACAUUUACAUCUCGAGCUGCGAUGCUGUUGGCCGCUUUGGCCCCACACUUGAGGCCUGUCGCCGCCACUAUGGGGAUGGCUCGGCCCGUGACAUGCUGGUCGACGUUGUUGGCGGUAUCCAACGCUUCAACAUUACCAAAUCAGGUCGCUACACCAUUCGAGCCUAUGGUGCCAAGGGCGGCCCGGCCUUUUCUGGCUCCCUGUUCCGCGAUGGCGGACAUGGCGCCUACGUUUGGGGUACUUUCAUGCUGUCAGCUGGGGAUGAGCUCAACGUUGUUAUCGGUCAACCGGGUGAUUACGUACCCUCCCCAAGUCAAUAUGCCGGCGCGGGCGGCGGCGGAACGUUUGUGUGGCUGACGGGCGCAAGCAAGCCGCUGCUUGCCGCGGGUGGCGGCGGUGGCGCUGCCACCGAUGUUGCUUAUGCCAUGCGGUCACAGAGCGAUGGCCUGGCCGCUCUCUCUGGUGGCAGUGCUUUUCCGUUUGGUGGUCUUGGUGGUUCUCUGGGCCACGGUGGUACGGGAGCCCGCGAUAGCGAUGCUGAUUCUGGCGGCGGUGGCGGUGGCUGGCUGACUGAUGGCAACUGCCCCUAUUAUUCCAGCUACUGUGGUGCUGGGCUUGCGGGUGGCUUUGUCGGGGGCACCCCUGGCAGCACCGCCUAUCCCUACGGUGGCUUUGGCGGCGGUGGCGCUGGCCGUGUUGAAGGUGGCGGCGGUGGCGGCUACUCGGGUGGCGGCGGUGGCUUUGACAACUCGGGUGCCGCGUCUGGUGGUGGUGGUGGCAGCUAUGUCGACCGUAGCUUGAUUCAGGACAACGCUUGGGGUUGGGAAACUGGUGGCAACUCGCUCUUCAAGGAGGGUCUCGUCAUCAUCGAGGCUCCUUGCCCGCUCGGCAGCCAGCUGGUGGGCGACGUGUGCCAGGAUAUUGAUGCUUGCGCGCUGGUUCCCUGUACUGCCAAUGCUGUGUGCAUUGAUUUGAAGGGUGUGGCACCUGAUGCAGACGGGCGCACAUGCUCGUGUGCGCCUGGCUAUGACGAUGUCAACGGCCAAUGUGUUGAUCACGAUGGCUGUGCCAACAAUGCAUGCGGUGAUGCCAACGCGGUGUGCACUGAUAACGCGCCUCCAAGCACCGGUUUCUCCUGCGCCUGCAAGAGUGGAUUUGUGGCCGGGGUCACGGGCGUCUGCGCAGACAUUGACGCUUGCGUUUCGUUCCCUUGCCAUGAAGACGCCAACUGCCAGGAUGUGGCUGGUGGUCCAAACUCAACAGCCGGGCGUCUGUGCUCUUGCGUUGGGCAACUGGUUGGUGACGGUGUUUACAAUUGCUCCUGCGAGCCCGGCUUUCAGUUUAACAGCCAAACGCAGCUGUGUGAAGUUAUCGAUGCCUGCCAGACGUCCCCUUGCAAUGGCUCCAACACUGUCUGCACGGAUAUUGGUGGUGCUGCUGGGCCAGGUCCCUCGGGCCGCCUGUGCACCUGUGACGUUGGCUUUGAGUUCAACCAAGCCGGUGACUGCAAAGAUAUCAAUGCUUGUCUGGAUAACCCUUGUGGUAGCAACGCCAUCUGUCAAGAUCGCGUGGCUCCUGCUCUGAACAGUGCCUCGGGUCGAGUUUGUACCUGCAAUGCGGGUUACAGUGCAUCUCCCAAUAACGUGGAUAGCUGCGUCGAAAUCAAUGCAUGUGCUACCAACAAUGGUGGCUGUGGUACCGAUGCCGUUUGCACUGAUCUUCCACCACCAGCUGGCGCUGGCUCAGCUGGCCGAACUUGCUCCUGUACGACUGGUUAUUCCUUGGUUAACUCAAUGUGCGUGGACAUUGAUGCCUGCAUCAACCAUCCGUGCACGGGCGACCAUGAAGUGUGUGCCGACAAGGCGGCGCCCUCCACGGACACUAGCGAUGGUCGGGUAUGCUCUUGUGAUGUUGGCUACGUCCGUGAUGCCGUCAGUGGAAACUGCAUUGAGUUUAAUGCCUGCGACCUUUACCCUUGCCCCUCGAACGCGGUCUGCACGGACGUUGCCGGUGGGGCUGCUUCGGCGGAGGGCCGCACUUGCGAGUGUAACUUUGGCUACGAGUACACCUCUGCAACUGGUGGCUGUGCGGACAUUGAUGCUUGCGAAGACAACCCUUGCCCUUCCUCCAUGUUGUGUGCGGACAUUGCUGGAGCCGCCAACGGCAUUACGGGGCGUACCUGCUCAUGUGGGCCGGGGACGCAGGUCACGUCCAAUGGAGCUUCGUGCAAGGACAUUGAUGCCUGUGCCGGUUACCCCUGCCCUGGCGAUGCGACGUGUACCGACGUCUUGGGUGGCCCCAACUCGACUUUGGGCCGCACGUGUGCGUGUCCGCCCGGGUAUCAGUUCAACAGCGGCUCCUCGGCCUGCGUGAACAUUGAUACGUGUGUCACGCAUCCUUGCGACGAACAUGCAUCCUGCCGCGACUACAUUGGUGGUGUGGAUGAUGAUGAUGAUGGUGGCAACAAUAACAACAACAAUGGCAAUGAUGACGACGAUGGUGGCAACAAUAACAACAACAAUAACAAUAACAACAACAACAACAACAACAACAAUAACGACGAUGAUGCGGAUGAUGAUGAGUCAGGCAGCUCGCAGGCUUCUGCAUCUGGUGGCAGCUCGAGUGGUGACAACGAGGAGUUGCUGACUGUCGCCAUGGGAGUGGUGGGCGGUUGUGUCAUCCUCGUUAUCAUUGUUGGCCUCGUUGUGUUGCGUCGUCGCCAGUACGUGGGCUAUCAGCAGUUUCGCCCAGACAUGAUGAGCUCUGGCCCCAUGAUGGGCCACCAACAUCGCCAACCCACCAUGAACCGUGGUUAUGCUCCUCGCAAGCCCGUAGUGCAGACCUCUAUGGAAAACCCGCUUUAUGAAGCACCUCCCUCCAAGGACGCCGAGUAUGGCUUUGCCGAUGCUGGGGAGGACAAUGCCACCGAGGAGUAUCUUGAAGUCAAUGAGCAGGACGAGCCGUAGAUGUGUCCUGACUCGUUGGGGCUCCUGCUGCAGGCGGAUGAAAAAUUUGUUAACUUCUCAAACUUGUCUCUUUUUUGUUUUUGGUGUUCCUCCUUGUUGGAACUGCUUUCGAGGUAUUCCCUGGUGCUUGUUGCGACCUGCUUCUUCAGCUCGUGCAGCCACCCGUCUGUGCGUACUCGUACUUGUCCUGGCAGCGUCCCAAUCGAUUUGAUUUUUGCAUC